GAUUAUGCGCAACCGUAUGCAUAAUCAGUAGCUGUCUUUACAACUGGCGUCUUCUACUGGGACAGCGAAAUGGCAGACAAACUCCUUGAAACUUUACGAGUUCUUGCGCGGUCUAGCUAACAAAAUACUUUGGCAAGCUGAGAGAUUUUGAGGGCAAACGUUUAAGAGUAAGAUGACUGCCACAAACGAGGCUGAAAGGAAACAACAGCUUCGUGAUUUUCAACGAAGUGCCCACCGCUUACUCAGCGAGGACGAUCGCGAUUAUUUACAUUAUGUGAUGAAGGAAUACCAGACCUACAAGUCGGUAGAAAAACUUGUAUCAGCACUUCGAUCAUGCCUGGAUACACCGAGAAAGCUCGACCUGCUUGCAGACAUACGCAAUUUAAUCCCCAAAGCACAUUUGAGUAAGUUUGAUAGCCUGGUGCCGUAUCACAAAAUGGCACAUCCGAUCAAACCACCGAAUCAAAUAGCGCCAGACCGCAAGACCCAAAGUCUAAACUUGAGAAACGGAGAACUUAAAGGGCUACAAGAAAACGGGGAUGAAUCAAUGUUUAAAGUUGUUACUCUUGUAAAGACUGACCCAGACCAAGUUUUAGGGCUCAGUAUUCGUGGGGGAAGAGAACACGGAUGCGGCGUGUACAUCUCACAAGUUGAUUCGGAUUCUCAGGCAGAGAAGCAAGGAUUGCAUCUUGGAGACCAGAUUAUUGAAGUCAAUGGAAUCGACUUCGAGCAAAUAGCUCAAAACUCCGCUAUAAAUUUGCUUUCUUCUUUGAGUAAAAUGAAGCUUGUGAUAAGGACGGGUGGUAAAAUGCCGGACAUCUUGGAUGUAAAGUCACCGAAAAAUUGGGAGAAACAAAAUGGAAAAGUGUCCCCAAGAGAGAAAGCUGGUGAUGACAGCUUACAGAACAGCAGUGCAGGGAGUGGUAGUAAUUACGGAAUAACACUCCAGCCGAAUCACCACAUACUAAACAGCUCCGAAGAGAGACGAGUAAACCUUGUGGUUGAGCCUACUCAGACGGGCUUCAUUGGGUUCAACCUGCGAGGCGGGGCUGAAUAUGGACUGGGUAUAUAUGUCUCUGGUGUUGACCAAGGCUCACUAGCAGAGCAAGCAGGGUUCAGAGUUGGUGAUCAGAUUUUGAAUGUCAAUGAUAAAAGUUUUGAAAACAUCAAACAUAAGGAAGCUGUGGACUUCAUCAAAAGUAACAAGCAUAUCAUUGUUACUCUAAAGGCUGCAGGAAAGUUACCAGAGGCCAAACACUACUCAUCUGAGAUCAGCUGGAUUCUUCCCGAUGGCACUGUUGUUAGAGAAAGCAAAGAGCACUUCAGUCGAUCUUUGUCUCAACCACCUUCGCCAGUGUCACCAAUGGAUCUUAGCUCCACAUCAGCCCAGCUUGCUCUCUCUGCGAGUAGCAAACUUUCGCUCUCUGCCUUGGAGAACAACAACCACCCAGACAUGCCUAAACCCGAGCUGAGAGAAUUCGGUGUUCAAACCCCAGAUAUUCCAAUGGUGGACGCAAAUAUGAGUCCUGUUCUUAUGUCUACUCCGUGCCAGAGUCCUACCCCAGCAACCCCAGUGCAAGGGAGCCCUGAACUACAACGAGCAACAAGCGCAAAGAGUGUUGCCACCACGGCUUCCACUACUAGUAGCGGCGACAAAGGGAGCACAAAUAGUAGAGAAGAUUUGGAAAAGAGAUAUUCUUCCACGAACGCGGAUGUAAUUAUGGUUGCGUCUGGUAGCGACGAGGCAAUGCGACAGGAUGAUAAGAAGAAGGUCAAGAAAUCAAAGUCCUUCUUGCAGAAACAUGGCGAUAAGAUCAGAUCCAAGUUAAGCUUCAGAAAGAAGAGUAAACCCAAGACGGAAACCAAAGGUGGGCCGACCAAGCAACAGAUGCUGCUGUACAUCGAGGAAAGAGCCAAGAAAAUCCUGGUAGUGGAUGAGUAUGACGCCCUCAUAAAGCACAUUAUACAGUAUCUGGAUAACGGAGAUGUUGAAGUGCUUGUUAAGGAGCUACUGGCUAUCUUGGACAAACCGGAGAAAGCUCUGCUGCUUAGGGACAUCAGGUCGCUUAUCUCACCGUACGAUCUCGGACGGUUUGACGCCAUGGUGUCCGUUCAUGAAAAGGGCGCGCAGGAGUACUUAUCAGUCUGUGUACCAGGUUCGCCCACCAUUAUCCCGACUGCUGUGGAAAAACCCAAACGCCAACUCGUCGCCGUCAUUCAAGACAGUAGAGGCGGUUUCCAAAUACGCAGCAACGCUGAACUCGAAAGAAUACGCAAAGAAAAAGAAGAACAGGCAAAGAUGCAUAACCAACAAUUAGCCUGGCUUGGGGGUAACAUUCUCGACAGGCAGAUGCGUCAGGGAACAAGUGAAUACUACGCUGUCCAAUCAACAACUCCCGAGCCCGGAGAUAUGAGACCGGUCAAAGACAGCGGCCUCCACGCAUCACCAGGGCCAAUGGCCAUGGAUAUUCCAUUAAUCCAGAUUCCUAAUGGUAACAUGAACGGCACUGACUCACCCCCAGUCGGCAAAUCUGCGAACACGCUCAUGGUGCCAGAUAGGGUGGCCGUGGAAUACCAAGAUGACGACGAUGACGAGGCGCCCGCGGCAAUAGGUAGUCAGCAGUCUGCGUUUGUGCCGGUAUCGGUUUCAGUUCCGAGCAUUGCCGUGUCGGACGCGCCAAGCGAGCAGCUAAUAUUACUGCCGAAGAACAGGACAAGUCUAGGUAUCAGCAUUUCCGGAGGUAAAGGCUCCAAAACCCAACCUGAGAUACGAAUCGAAAAGGUUUUCCCGGGGGGCGCGGCAGCAGAUGACGGUAGACUAAAGAACGGAGACGAGGUGAUAUCUGUCGAUGGCAUGAGCUUGAAAGAUGUGACGCACGCAGAAGCAGUAGAUAUCAUACGCCGAUCCUACAACGACAAGAGCAAGACGGUGAUGCAAAUAGUGGUCUUUCCUAAACAGUGAACGUGGCUGAUAAGACACCCAGGGAGACGGACCCAAAACUACUGGCAGGAGAGUGCCACAGAGGGUUUUAGGGAGAUCAGUAGUUAGAACAUAUUUAUGCCAGCCAUGUGGUGAUAAUUCCUUGCCCUAUUUUCAUCGUCACCAUUAUCACAUCAUCACAUCACAUCAAGUAUCAAAAUCGUCGUCGUCAACAUAAUCUAUUUCAUGAUUAUGAUUAUCAUCAUCAUUAUUAUCCUCAUACAUAUUAACAGCAUCAGCACACUAUCAAACAUCAUCGUUAUUAUCUUACCACCAACAUCAUUAUUAUCACCAUUAUCGUUAUCAUGAUCACCAUAAUCGUUAUUAUCAUCAUCAUCAGCAGCAAAAGCAGCAGCAGCAUAUUAAAACAAGUCAAAUGUGAUAUACAAAAUGCGCUACUACAUAUUCUAGCUAACGUCUUGACAAUGGAUUUUUACCGCUAAAAGUUUUUUUAAGUAUAUAAACUAGGUAUUUUAUCGCUUGAUAUAACAUUUUAUACAGCUUUAAGGUGCAUGUACAAGAUUAUCUUAUUCGACACACAGCAAUAUUAGAAUUUUGAAAAAUCAAAUCAAAGAUGCUUCGACGCCGCUUGCAUUACUGCUCAGGGCCUGGGGUUGAAUGCCCUAUUUUAUCCAAUCAAAUGUCGAGACGUAUUUAUCCCUGGGCUAGGGCUAACCUGCUUCCCAGGAACCGUCCAAGGAGCUCAAGACAAAGUCUCAAAAUAUAUACUCAAGAUAUUCUACAAUCAAUCAUAAGUGCUGACGUCGUACAUGCGGGGAUGGGUAUAUUUUUUCAGCUCUAAAUAUCUCGUGUAUUAUCGGUGAAAUUACAGAUGUUUCUCCGUACGGGCAACACUUACUGAUUUCGUUUAUUGGCUCAGCUGUGACUCACACAUUUGAUUGGUAGAAAAUCAUUUGCAGCUCGAAAGCCGAGACUUCGUCUGGGCUGGCUAUCUUAUUAUGCCAAUAAUGACUGGUAUCAAUCACCUAACGAUGUAUGUUGGCGGGUACUUGGGAUGUGAUGGCUUGCAGUCAUUCCCUGGUUGUUUACCUUAUUGUUGUCUCCACCAUCAGCAAACUAUAGAGAAAUAAUAAAAAACAUCUACAACUAUCAUUUAAGCAGUUUUAAAGCGUAUGUAGAGAUUCACGAUUCUCUUUGAAAGAUGUAAAUGCUGAUGAAUGCAGAUGUUUUAAGGCAGUUUUAGUAUGUCAGGAAAAUCAACCUAAAACAUUGUUGUACGUUUUCAUACAUAGUGAACAUAGUCUUUCAAUACACAUUUGUUAUAACAUGUAAAUAGUGCAGAUGAGUAUACUUUGUACAGAUAUAAUUAUCAAAAGCUUGAUCUUUUAAAA